AUGUUUGCAGUCGUGGCAGGCUACGGUUCCAUGCGAUGCAUUGACAGCAGCAAAUGUCCACAACACCGUAAAGCCAGCUACGUCGUGGGCGGCGAGUGCCGGGCCCCGAGGCAGUGGGCAGGCCGCAGCAAAUACGGGUUGCAGCGUCUUUUGGCCAGCUUCUCCAGGGCUGCUGAGGACGAAUACGAGCAGGAAUUGAGGGUUUUCCAAUCGAGCGGCGUCGUGCUCGAUACGGCACCCGAUGGCCUUGGCUACUCCAUCACAGAAGUAUUGGCGUCCCGCUCCGCAGGCACGUUCAAGUUUUCCAACAAGUACGAUCCCUACAGGCCACGCAUACUGUGGGAUGAGAGUCGGCCGGCAGGGCAGAACGUUGCGCAACCGUCGAACCGAACGGCAAGCCGCAACGUCCAGUCUCCUCAGUCUCUCGCCUGGGAUCGAAGCUCUCGCGGGUGGCCAAAAGACACCGCAGCCGCCCCCGUAGCAACGCGGCUGACAGAGGUGAUGGGGCGGGCGCUAUUCUGGGAGCUGGAGCGGUCAGAUGAUGUGUCUAGAAGUUCCCCUCAAGUUCUCAACGGCUAA